AUCCUGCGUACUUAUGCCUGCUGGUUGCCAUGGUGAAUGAUGCUGAUCUGAAGAAAUGAAUAGAGUGAGCGUUGGGGGCGGCAGUGGGAUUACUCAGUGGUGAGAGAGACAUCAAGCAGAGCCCAGAGCAGAGGGGGAAAGGCACACCAUUCCCUUAGCUCGGGUCCUUUCUGCCUCUGAAGGCUACGCUUCUAACCAGAUCCUCAGCUCACAAGCAUCAGGAUCGGGAUGAACAUCGAGGUGAGGAAUCUUUCUUCCUCGGGAGCCAUCGUUUCCUGGACUGCCAACGAGCCCUGCCAGGAGGACCAUUACCAUGUGAUGUACAAGGCCAACUGGAACAACAACAUCUUCGCCGGCUACAUUCGCAACAGCUUCCACUAUGAGGAGAAGGUGCCUAAAACCGUCACCAGGGUGGCCCUCGAGCACCUCGCCCCUUCCACUUUCUACUACCUCUGCGUCAGCUGCAAGAGGAUCACCUACCACCAGAAUCCUUACUGCAAAAUGUUCUACACCCCGGAUCAGAACCCGCUGAUUCCCAGAGGCUACCUGGUAAACCCCCACAUGUCCCUGUGGGUCAUCCUGGCCAUUCUGCUGGCCGGCUUCACAGCCGUCCUUGCUUUCGUCGGCCUCCAGUACCUGUGCGUCCACUGCCAUGUGCCCCGUUGGUCUUACAGAGGGCCCCACGCAGUGGAAGCCAAUGGGUUGGUGCGAUGGCCACAGGACGGCCAGGCUCCUGAUCAGGACGAGGAAGACCAGCAGGGGCUCCCCCUCAUGGAAAGGCCACGCAGAGAUUCAGGUGCUGGAGUGGAACCCGAGGCCGAAGCCGCAGCCGCAGCCCCAGCCGCAGCCCCAGCCGCAGUCCCAGACACAGACGACCCAGAUGACGCAGACGCAGACACAGACACAGACACAGAUGCAGACACGGAUGCAGACACGGAUGCAGACACGGAUGCAGACACAGGUGAAGAUGAAGCCAACGCUGACGACUCGGAUGCCCCCGAUGAAGGUGCCCCCCAGAAGGAGGGUGGUGGCCAACCUGGCAUCCUGCCUCAUCUUGAGGAGUGAGAGGAGGGGGGGAGGCAGCCCCCAAUCUGUGGCAUCAAGCCCUCCACACGGUAGUUCCUUUGUAAAAAUGUGUCCAUAGUAGACUUCCCAUGUCUCCUCGCAAAUUCAGUGUUCUUGUGGACCCCCUGGCUCGGCGACACACUCCUCAAGCCGGAGGACUCACCCCCAUGCUGUGCUCCGGGAGAGUUAGAAAUACAAACACUUAUCUUAACGUGAAAACACACGUGAAGCCCUCCUGAGGAUGCAGAAAGUGAAAUUUGCAUGACUUGACUAAAACACAGGACUUCAGGGGAGCUGUGGAGGUGAAGGCGGGCUCGCUGAGCUCUGCUGCCAGUCAGCUUCAGGCCGAAGUCCAGCCUCUGCUUUGUGGGGGGCUGUUUUGAAAAAGUGGACGAAGGCUCGCCCCAGCUUGUUUUCUAACUUUCAGGCAAUUCCAUUCCACCUCGGACAUUGUUUUGUGUGUGUGUGUGUGUGUGUGUGUGUGUUUUUAAGCCAGAAUACCGGCACCCUCCCACCAUAAAGAGAAGAGACAGAAGGAUCAAUAGGACGAAAACAAAAUAAUACAUUUGGCCUAGAUACUACUGCCUAUGAAAGACUCCAAGUUUAAAGCAUGCUUUCUAUUCUUUGAUAAAAAAGGGAGAUUAGCAAGCAUUGAAGGACUAAAGACCUAUCUCCUUGAUAUAAGCAAUGAGGUUUACCAGAGAAGUGGGAAAGGGAGGUUUUCUUACUUUGUGAAUCACUGGGAUUUAAAGCCGUGACUGUGAACCAUCGAAAAUGCUCUCUCAACGUCACGAUGAGAAUGUUGCCUGGACCAGACUGGCUGCUCCGGAAAAGACACCUCCCAGCACCACCUCUAGGCCCGGCUGGCGCGAGCGCAUCUGGGUUCACCUCCCUUCCUAACCUAGGGCUCCCCGGCCAGAGGGCCACCUUUCCCAACAUUUAUCCAGUCGGUUCCUCUUCUAAGUUCAUCGGGAAAUGGGGUUAAAGGUGGCCAUUUUGUUGCACCCCUAAGAGAAAUGUUGGCUUUUUUGUUGUUGACACACCUCACCACUUCGGUGGCAUCCUUCAGUCCUCCCUCAGCCCCCCGGGGAAGAAGUGAAUCUCCUUCAUGACGGAGAGACCGUGCACGGUGCUCCCUGCCUUCACCAGGAGGUGGAACUGGAACUUGAAGAGGGCAGUGGUGACGUCUGCUUCAAUCUCUAUGACACCCCCAGCAUGUAAAACUGAGCCCUGU